CCAUCGACCGACGAGUUCAGAAAUCCGUGUGUUUCGCGAAGUGCGAUCCGAUCCAGCGAAAAAUCACUCUACAUUUACGCCGCGUACAAAGCAACCACACCAAUGGCGUCUCUGUGCGGAAGAAUGGUCCUGGCCGCGGCCAAGCGAAACGUGACCUACACCCCAGUUCGAUUUUGUAAAAUGAUGAACGACCCGAUCGAACACGCCACCGGUAUUGAGAAGCGUGAGCUGCUGGCCAAGCAAGCCGGUAACCCGGAUCCGUUCGAUAUGCGUGUGUUCAAGCGUGGACCGGGAACCAAGGAUACCCCCAACCUGAUCCCGUCGGCAUUCGAUGCUCGUCUAGUCGGUUGUGUCUGCGAAGAAGAUCAAACUUAUGUCCAAUGGAUGUGGCUGCAUCAGGGUCAACCGAAACGCUGCGAGUGCGGACACUGGUUCAAAUUGGUAGAAAAGGCCCCGGUCUAAAUGAAGGAAGAACUUUCCCUGCCACCGCUGUAGAAAUCAAAAGCAGACCCAAUUAAUAAUUAAAAUCUGGAGAGCAUUAACUACAACCAAUAAAGAAAUCCAGACCGUUAAAAACACGCCCCGCGCCUAUGUGACCUAGUGAAUUGAGUUCUUGCUGACAGGUUUGCUUAAAAUCUACAUCCAUCGCAUCUCGCUCCGUGUCUGUUUAAGAACUAAAAGUUUAUGUUCAAGAGCAAAGCGUUCGUGCGUGCGUGUGUUGAUCAGCAAGCUUUUGCGGACACCCAAAAGUCGACGGUCAACGUUUGGUUUAGCAAAAUGAUCACACAACUACAAACCAUGCGGCAGCAAUAUCGAUAGCAAAACAAAUUUAGUCUUAUCCAAUAAAAUCAUAAU